AUGGCCAAGUUUGGUUGGAACAAAUCGAUCCGGAAUCUCACCGCGAUGGCUAGGGGUAAUCGUAGCACGAGAAGGAAUGCAAGGGAAACUGUUGAGGAUUCUGGUGCUAGUGCGGCUGGGAAUGUUGCUGCCGACCACGAGGAAGCACAGAAUGUGGAGACUGUUGUGAAUGUGAACGCAGCAGUAACUGCUCAUGCUACAGCUGGGGCUGUUGCGGCUCCUAUUGGAUUAGAAGCAGUGUUGGGCAUGCUGGCUCAAGUCUUGGCAAGAUUGCCGGCUGCUGCACUUGCGCAAGUGGUACCACCUAUUGUGAACAUUGAGCAGGUGGUGGAAGAUGUGGACAUGGAAGCUAGAAUGCUUGAGGAAACUAAGUUGAUGGGUGAAGGAUUGCGAGUUCAGUCCGGAAUUGUUGCUGGGAAGAAUAAGAAGUGGGUCAAGAACGCCCCUUCGGACAAGUCAUCUGCGAGUCGCAGUGUGUGUUCGACUUGCGGAAAGAUGCACGUUGGAGCGUGCAGAGCUGCUUCUGGUGCGUGUCACCAUUGCGGUAGUUUGAAUCACAAGGUCCGUGAUUGCCCUGAGGAAGAUCAGAGGGCCAAGAAUCCGGGCAAGGAUGCUGGGGAACGGUUGUGCUAUAACUGCGGAGAAGCUGGGCACUUUAAGAAUUAG